CAGGCAACCUCAAAAUUUUUAGGUGAAUCUGUUCUGUCUGAAAAUAGGGCUUGUGCAGGCAUACAUAUGAGGUUUUUAAGUAACAGCAACACAGUUGGGAUUUCUGUAGUAUUGUGGUCACAUUCAUCACUGCUGCAAGGACAAGGACCAGAGCCCAGGAAAGAGGGCACCCUCUGUCCGUGUCUUGCCAUUCGGGAUGUCUAGUCUGCUGUUUCUGUAGUGGAGAAGACCACCACCUCAACGACUGCUAACAGUGGCUCGGCCAGUCGAUCACCAUGCCUCACUUAAGUGUCAGUCCCUACUCAAAGUCUAACUGUUGCCCUCUCUGGUUCAUAUGUGUUCUUCUGGGCCUCUCAGCUGUACACACUCAUGCCAAAGAUGUCCUCAGUGUACCCCAGCAGGUGAGCCUGUCGGCCAACAUGUUCACGCAGCAGCUUUCCAUAUCGUGGCUGGGAGGAGCCGCCACAACGUUUGACCUCAUGAUCCUUAGAACUGAACUUAAUCAAACUGUCUUCUACGAGACACUGUCUGUGACAGUAAAUCCGGUGAGUGGUCGACACCAGUGGAACUGGACCUCAGUUGAACCUCUGGAGUGUACCUCUCUGUCAAUUAAAGUCCGCUCAAGAGAUGGACACAUGAUAAGUGAAUGGAGCAGCACUCAUAUACUUCAAGGAAAGGAUAUCCCCAGCAUUGUCAAAUCCGAGGUGUUUCCCGAGGAUAGAAUUGUACCUGUGGGGGCCAUAACUACCUUCUGCUGCAUUGUGGAGGAAGGGAAGGUCUUUGGUGCGAUCAGCUACGGAGGUGCUGCGAUGAAUACGACUCGACUCAGCAGGCGGACUUACGCCACCACGCUGGUUAAUCAAGGACCAUCCGGCAGCUCGGGAACCAACGUUGUCUGUUCCGACAGCCUGAAGGUGUCAUCUGGAGCCGUGGUGUUUGUUGGAUAUCCACCUCUGCCCACUGAUUUUGUGUGUGAAACUCACGACUUAACCUCAGCUGUAUGCCAUUGGACUGAAGCGCGAGACACACACCUCUAUGGCAAACGGGGAACACGCUACUCGCUGAACCAGAGGGGUUGUACUCAGGGAAGGCUGCAGCAGAAGCAUAAAGUGUGUUCUGUGGCCAAGUGGGAGGAUAACUGGACACUGGUAGCCGUGAAUCCUCUCGGCGAGUACAGCCUCACUGACUCUGCUGAAAUCAGUCACAGAGUGCAUCCAAUAGCACCAGUCAACAUGAGCUCCGUUGUCAGUGCCUGGAAUGCCACUGUACUGUGGCAGUGGAAGUACAGUAGCUAUUCCUCCCUGGGUCUUGUCUGUCAGGUCGAGCUCACCUGCCAUGGUUCCAAAAAAAAUCUUACUGUCUCUGGUGUAGGUCUGCAGUCUGUGGUUCUAUCAGACCUUUAUCCUGAUAAAGAGUACAGUGUUCAAAUCGGCUGUGGUGCCCAGCACAAUUUCUGGAAGUGGGGAAACUGGAGCGAACCAUUUACCUUCAAAACCAACACUUAUGUUCCAGAGGCCCCUGAUGUGUGGAUAUGGAUGAACAGAGACAACACUGGGCUGAUUGUUUGGAAGCCUCUGACAAGAAGACAGAGCCACGGUCAGAUCAUAGGUUAUGAAGUCACUCUCUGGAGCACUGAGGGAAAUGUACAGCACACACAGAUUUUUUCACCAGGAACUACGGCUGCACCAGUCAACUUCACACAGAAUGCUGCCUUAAGUAGUGACAAGAUCAUUGCAACUAUCAUUGCAAAGAAUGCUGCUGGGUCAUCUCAACCUGCCAGUGUAGUCAUACCCCUACGUUUGACAGAACCCCUUGCUGUGUCCAGGGCAGUUUACACAGAGAGAGGUUUCCCUCUGACCUGGCCGAGCGAGGCCAACGCCACAUGUGGUUAUGUAGUAGAAUGGAUAGAUGCUGUCUGCUCGAGGGACUGCUCCGUGGAGUGGAUCAAGGUGGCUGCUGGAAACACAAAUGUUUCCAUUGAGUCGGCCAACUUCCAGCCAGGUGUGAGGUACAACUUUUCCCUGUACAGCUGCUCCUCUGAAGGCCAAGAGCUGCUUCAGCGCUGGCAAGGAUAUGUGCAGGAGCUGGUCCCUUCCAGUUCUGUCCUUCUAUCAACCAGUCAGCAGAACUCUGAUGUUCUUCUCACCUGGGAAGAGAUCCCACUGCUCAACAGAAGAGGUUUCAUCCUGGGCUACAAUGUUUACAACAGUACUGUCUCUCAAUUAAAAAUUCUAGUAACUCUGCCAGAUAAAGGAAACAGGAGCUACACAGUAAAGGGGCUCUCUGAGGGCUCCCAUAAAUUUACUGUCAACGCCUACACCUCGGCCGGCGAAGGCACAGGCGCCACUGCCUCCAUAACACUGGAACCAUAUGCUGAUUGGCUGAUCCUGGAAAUCCUGACUUCUCUGGGAAUCACAGCCCUAUUCCUCGUCAUUGUCACCUUCAUUUGCUACAAGAAGAGAAAAUGGGUGAAAAGGGCAUUCUAUCCAGACAUACCUGAGCCCAAGCUGCCUGGUGAUUGGUCCAGGACACCGGGGCCAUUGCACGUGAAGCCAUCUUCCCAUUGUAUAAUGCACAUUGUAGAAAAGCCUGAGUGGGAUUCUAGUAAGGAGGCACUCGUUGUCAUUCCUGAAGAAGAUGAGGAUGAAGAAGGGCAGGGGAUGGGAGAAGAGUCAGUUGACACAGAUGAGCCAACUUCGUUACACUACUACAACCAAGUAGUAGAUGAGAGGCCCAUAAGACCACGUUUCCCAGACUCCUCUGAUUCCUCUGCAUCUUCUGUGGAUUCAGCACGCACUGAUGUGACGUACACAGGAAUCCAGACUUCAGGGUCGUCACUGGUCUUCCAGCUGGAUUCACAGGGCUCCUCUGAGGGCCACCAACCCCACGCUGAUCUAUCUGUCAGUGGUGAAGGUGGAGGGGGCUACCGGCCCCAGAUGCAAGCUAGAGCCCCAAGUAACGACAUUGCUCUGGCUUCUCCUGAGCCUUUCAUAGAGGCCCAGGCUGCCAGUGGUGGGGGCUAUAAACCCCAGAGCUCCUGGCAUUUGGACUCCCCCGUGGAGGGCGAUGAAAGUGGAGGCCGGGCACCCUCUCUCGGAUCCCCCACCUCUGUUGCGUCCACCCAGUUUCUCCUCCCUGAUGGAGAAGAACACAAAGAGGAGAGGCGACAGCCAUCAUCGUCAGCAACAACCUGGUUCACCAAUCUGCUGUCAUCCGCAAAACCAUUAUAAUCUCUGUGUCACUGCUAGAGAUUCAUUACUUUUACCAGUGUCAUGCAUCAAACAAGUUUACCCCAAAUGGUCUUGGUAAAUAUUCCCUCUGAUGUAGCACUACAUCCUUACGUUUGCAUUACGACAGCAGGUUAAUGAUCGUAUUCAAGGUGUCUAUUUCCACACAUACAGAAAUACACAUAUAUUGUUAAAUAUCAUGAAUCAAAAACUGUAUAUUUAUACACCAAAACAUUUCUAUUCUGACAAAGAUUCUUUUCAGCAUAUUUCUUCAGACCUCUUUUCUUCCAUUAUUAUUACUCCCUCUGGUAACCUGUUUGGUGGCUGUUAGGAUAAAUCCCCUCACUGCCUUUUCUGUGACUCCCUAUAAUGGGCAUUUAGCGACGGCAUAGCCAAUGUUUCAGUUGAUCCUGUCCAGUUUUUAGCUGACACUUCACAUGUUUUUAGUUUACGUGAUGUGAACUUUACUGCACUACAGAAGAAACUGAAAACAAGAACGCUAUCCAGUAAGACUGUAGGACAUUUUUAAGAGAACACUACAGAUGAGUGUUUAAAUAGAAGGUAGCUGAGAAGACAGAAAUCCUCCCUCUCUCCACUAUUUCCCCGUCUUGUGCUGGUCUGUAGUUUGGGGUAAUCCUGCCUCCUGACCACUGACGAGCUACUGAAAGAAAGAAAAAACGUAAAUGUUAAUUGAAAACACUCAUUAUUUUACACAGAUACUGGAGUGGUGCUUUCUUUUGUAGUCUGGAAUUGUGUGGGCGAUGAGCCCAAUACACUGAUAUAAGCUAGAAAAUGAAUGCAAACUGAUGUAAUUUUAUGAAUGAACACUAUUCUGUUAUGUUUGCAUGUUAUUGUUGUGAUGUCUUCCUUAACCAGUAGAGUUUUAUUUUUUUAAUUGUCAAGACAUGCAGUUCAUUUUACGGUCGGGCCAGUGACUUUUUUUUUUAUUAUGUGUCGUGAAUCAUCAUCAAGUUGAUGAUUGAACAAAUUAUGAGUUAACUUGGAUGGGUAAUUACAUUGUUUAAAUCCUCUUUCACAUGCUGCCUGAAUGUUGUGCAUAAUGAACCAGAAUGUGACUAGGUAGAGCGUGUACCUCUGCUGAGGCCCAACAUUCUUCUUAUGAAACCACAUUUCAAUUCACUAGAUCUGCUUCGUUUAAGAAAGUAAAAAAAACUUCCUGAAUCCUCUCCCCGAUUCAGAUCCUCACCAACAUUUAAUGAGUUCUUCCUUGGGUCCUGCCCCACAUAAUUUCAGAGAAAUCAAACAAAUGCAGAUGACAACAUAAGCUCAUUUGCAAAAGUAAUUUUUAUAACAAUGCAGUUUACAACUGAAAAUAAAUGCAGUGCUUAAAGCACACAGGCAUGGAGUGUAAUGUACAAAAAGUGUAUGUUUAAUCUUGAUACUUUUCUUUAGUUGCAUUAUUUUUAAACCCAGAGAGAAGGUGGAUUUGCUGUGCUUAGAAGCUUGUUUAAUUCUCACUAGAGACUACUUUAAAAGUUUUUCUUUUAAUUGCAAAGUUUUCUUGAAGGCACCAUGUAAUAUGUUGUGAUUGGAGAAAGGGACCAAGGGGAGAGCUUGAAUCUAUAAUUUUAGCUCUUGUUGACAAAAUGUGGGGAAAAGACUGUGACUAUUGGUUGCUUGGAAGAACUUACAUCUCUGUAAUGGUGUCAUAGCCCAAGUACACUUCACAUACUCCAUGAGCUCUCCACUUGUGUAUACACAGUAUGGGUGUAACGGAUGCAUUACUGGCUAGGCCUCCCAAGAGUAUCAUUAUGCAAGUAUUAUCCUUUGACAUUGAAGUCAAAUGGUGACAGGAUGGUUUUCAGUUAGACCCUAGUUUGUCUGUGUGGCAACCUGUGGUCUAUUGUUUCUCAGUGCCUCCAGCCAACAAGCUUUAAGCAAAACUACUGUGACAUGACUGAUGAGUUAGAUUAAUGUGGGUGGCUUCACGGAAUCACUCAUUACAGGCAGGCAGUCCUCUUUGACUACUGAGAAAAAUAUAUCUCCUCUUUCUCCUUAUCUCGUAACACUGAUCUGAAGUAUAACUUUUAAAUUUAUCUUUAAUUGUGUGAGAUCAGAUCAGUAACGAUCACUUCCAGACAGUGGCAUAGGGUGGAUAAAGUUUUGAGUAUUUAAAGGUUCAGUGUGUAUCUAGAGGUGAAGUUGCAUCUGAUUACUCUGCAUCUCACCCUCACCAGUGGUGAACUUCAUUUGUCAUAAAAACUCAAAAUGAUUUAGUUUAUCCAGUUUGGACCACAGUAAAAAAAAAAACAACAUGGCAGCCUCCACAGAGAGCACCCCUCUCCAUAGUUUUCAGAUAUAAAGGGCCAAUUCUUUGGUAAAGAAAACAACAAUACAUACAAUUUAGAUGAAACACACCAGUGAAAACAUCACUAGGAUUAUUUUAUAUUCAAUUUCUGUCAAAAAUUCCUUUCACCUAAAUCUUACACACUGGACCUUUAAACAUGGUUGCAAAUUGUUUUCCUUUAAAGCCUGCUUUCUCAGCCCGGCAGCGCUUUGGAGUCUAACCUAUGAACGCUAUGUGUUACAUGCUUUUAUGUUGAUUUGGAUCAACAAAAUGGCCUCUUGAUUUUUCUCUAAAUCUUUGUUUUUGUACAACUAACUGUAUAUUAUAAUGUUUAUUCCAUUUGCUUCCUUCUAACAAGACAAAAAUGCAUAUGAUGUUUUACAUUGGAAAUGAUAUACUCUAUAUUGCAACAUGCAGAGUUAAUGUUGACAAAGAUUUGUGUUGAGGACACCUGAUAUAUUAAGUCCUAUGAAAGGUAGAGCAUCACACUCACACUGUAUCUUUGUUGUGUGUCAACCCAUGAAAAGCUUUUAAGGUGUGUUUGAAAAAACAUGUAAAUGAAUUAGAAUUGUGAUCCUGUCCUAAUACCUAGUUUAGCCUGCUUUGCAUUACUAUCUUAUCACAGCAGUGUAGCUUUGCCGAAUUGUAAGUAGGGCCAGAAUACUAACCAUGCAGACUCAUACAUGGCAACUGCUGACAUGCAAUUUUCCAUUCAGUCCAUUAUCUUUUCCAAAUAUCCAUUCACACGUUUAAUUGGAGACUGUGUUUGGGGAUUUUGCAGGAUUACAGCCGGGUACACUUGCUGCCUUACACAUCUUCAUCUCUGGCCCUAGAUGGUUUGCUGAAUCAAUGCAUGUUGUAUACACUGUUCGUAAACACACAGCUCCAAGUUUACGUUUCCCUAUAGCUUUAAAACACUAACUAAGAUGUGCAUGGCAAUAUGACUGAAGUAUCAUGCACCUGAACAUGCUUUAAAAUUCAUGAUGUUUUGCAAAAAUAUUUUUAAUAUUAAUUGAAUGAAAAGACAAAGUGAAGCUCUACAUGAAUGAAUAAAUGUUAACACUAAUAACACAAAGUGAAAUGCUACUUGUUUAAUGGCAAUAAAGUUAUUUGUCUGGCU